UUCUGGGACCUUGUGGGCUGGGUGGCAGCACGGCAGUGUUUAGUUAGUGCAUGUCGUGCUCUUCGCAGCUACAGCUAUUUUUUCCUCUAAAAGUUGGCAAAAGACGAGCGAGAGACGAUAAAUAAUUUUUAUUUUUACUUUAAUAACCGUGAUCGAAAUGAAAUUCUAUUGUCGAAAAAUGUUGGAAAGUGUGUUUGUGUGAGAAAAUAGUGUAAACACAUUGCCAUCGACUAAACUAAAGGCAAAAAUUCCUUGAAAGUAUUUCCAAUUGGAAUUGUGCAAACAGGGUGUCUGUUUGCGUAUGUGUGUGCUAGUGCCUGUGACUGUGUAUGUGCCAUCCUUAAUUUUUUCGCACAUAUGUAUAUAUGUUCAUAUGUUUGUAUGUAGCUGAACAUUUUUCUCUAAUAUACCAACAAUCGUGAGAGACGAAGAGAGCAAGCAGCACGGCGCACAACCAAAGCCACAGCCACGGUACCCUUGCGAGAAAAGAAGAACAACACCCUUCCAAUUGGGAGUCAUCCACUGAGGGGGAGCAUUUUGUAACCACCGCAGCUGCAAGCACGCGGCGCUGCCGAUUACUCCUGCCACGAUCCAGAUUAUUAAAAAUAACAAACAUUCACAACAUCACAAACAAAGAGACAAAAGAAGAGCACUCACACGUGGAGCUGAAGCAAUCAGCGCAAUGUUUACGGGUAAAUUGCAAAUUAAGGUUUGCGAGGCAAGCGGCCUACGUCCAACAGAUUUUCAAAAGCGCCACAAUUUAACAUUUGGCAAAUUGGCCGAUGAGCAGCUCAUCGAUCCCUACGUGUCCAUAGAUGUCGACGAGAGUCAUUUUGAUCGCUCGACAACAAGACCAAAGACGUUUGAUCCUGUAUGGAACGAACAGUUCGUCCACGACGUGACCAAUGCGCGCAAUAUUAAUUUAACCGUUUUCCAUGAUGCCGCAUUGCCUCCAGAUGACUUUGUCGCCAACUGCAUUAUUCCGUUUGAGGAUCUCAUGCAGAGUGAGUCUGGAGUGCCAGAUUUAUGGAUUAACCUGGAACCACAGGGAAAAAUCCAUGUCAUCAUUGAGUUGAAGACCCGCAAUGGUAGGCAUGAGCAUUAUGAUCAAGCAAAGGCCGAUGCCGAGGUUGAGAAGACUGUGGCCGUUAACAAGGAGUUCAAAGAACGCGCCGGAUUCAAUCGACGUCGCGGUGCAAUGCGCCGUCGUGUACAUCAGGUUAAUGGACAUAAGUUUAUGGCAACAUUCUUGCGCCAGCCCACCUUCUGUUCACACUGUCGCGAGUUUAUUUGGGGAAUUGGUAAACAAGGCUAUCAAUGUCAAGUCUGCACCUUAGUUGUACAUAAAAAGUGCCAUCUGUCUGUGGUCUCCAAAUGUCCGGGAAUGCGGGAUGAGCAGCAGGCCAAGGUGGAAGUUGUGCCGGCCGGUCAGCGAUUCAACGUAAAUGUGCCGCAUCGGUUUGUGGUGCACAGUUACAAGCGGUUCACAUUUUGUGAUCACUGUGGCUCGUUGCUCUACGGACUGAUCAAGCAGGGCCUACAAUGCGAGACAUGUUACAUGAACGUCCACAAGCGGUGCCAAAAGAAUGUGGCAAACACAUGCGGCAUCAAUACCAAGCAAAUGGCCGAAAUUCUCAGCUCGCUGGGCAUCUCACCGGAUAAGCAGGGCCAGCAGCCGCGACGCUCCAAAUACUUGAGUCAACCGGGUGGCGAGGACAAUUAUGGUGCCUCAUUGGGCGGCGAGGGUGGUGAUAAUGCGGCAGGCGCCUCAUUUCGCAGUGGUAAUCUGUCGGGCGACAGUUUGGGCACCUCGACAAGCACGUUGACCAGUGGCUACAACAGCAGUAGCUGCAUGAGCCUAGCUGUAGGUGGCGGAGAUUCACGUCCCGGCAAGUGCUCGCUGCUGGACUUUAACUUUAUUAAGGUGCUGGGCAAGGGAUCGUUCGGCAAGGUGAUGUUGGCUGAAAAGAAGGGCACCGACGAGAUUUAUGCCAUCAAAGUGCUAAAGAAGGAUGCCAUCAUACAAGACGACGAUGUGGACUGCACAAUGACCGAGAAACGCAUCCUGGCAUUGGCUGCCAAUCAUCCGUUCCUCACGGCACUGCAUUCAUGUUUUCAGACACCAGAUCGUUUGUUCUUUGUCAUGGAGUACGUUAAUGGUGGUGAUCUAAUGUUUCAAAUACAAAAGGCGCGGCGUUUUGAGGCGGCACGUGCUGCAUUUUAUGCGGCUGAGGUAACGCUUGCCCUGCAGUUUCUGCACACCCAUGGGGUUAUCUAUCGCGAUCUGAAGCUGGACAACAUUCUGCUCGACCAGGAGGGUCACUGUAAGCUCGCCGACUUUGGCAUGUGUAAAGAGGGCAUCAUGAACGGCAUGCUGACCACGACAUUCUGCGGUACACCCGACUAUAUAGCACCCGAAAUUCUUAAAGAACAGGAGUAUGGCGCCUCCGUAGACUGGUGGGCGCUGGGCGUGCUCAUGUAUGAAAUGAUGGCUGGCCAGCCGCCAUUCGAGGCUGACAAUGAGGAUGAGCUUUUCGACUCGAUUAUGCACGAUGAUGUCCUCUAUCCGGUUUGGUUGUCCCGUGAAGCCGUGUCCAUAUUAAAAGGUUUUCUUACCAAGAAUCCUGAGCAACGUCUGGGUUGCACUGGCGAUGAGAAUGAAAUACGCAAGCAUGCAUUCUUUAAUAAACUGGACUGGAAGGAACUGGAGAAGCGAAACAUAAAGCCACCAUUCCGACCUAAAAUGAAAAAUCCACGUGAUGCCAACAAUUUCGAUGCGGAAUUCACCAAAGAGGAGCCAGUGCUAACACCCAUUGGUAAUGAUGUAAUACGUUGUAUCAAUCAGGACGAGUUCGCCGGAUUCUCAUUUGUUAAUCCCAAGUUUGGGCCAGAGCGCAAGGUGUUCUAAAAGUGAUGGAAACUAUUUGGAUGAGUGGACAUGCGCUUAACGUUGGCGAGGAAUUAACCAGCAAACUGAAUCAGUCGAAACUUAAAGCAAAGGGCCAUUUGUUGUCGGGUUUUUAAUUAGGUACAGACCUAUGCUAUCUCUUAGCCAAUUCCUAGCCCUAGCUUAUCUUUAGCACUUGAACUCUGCUUCCGUUGAUAAUUUUAUGAACGCUUUAUUGUUGUCUGUUUCCAGUUGUCGUCUUUAUCUUUAUUUUGUUUUAAGUUAUCUGUUGAAAUUUACAAAGCGUAGCUCUAAAAAAAUUAUAAAUCAUAACUAAAAUGCAAAUGGAAAAGAGAAGCUAAGAAUUGCAAGUUAUAGUGUAUACACAUGGGUAGAAAUGAUUCUAUAUCUAUUGCAAAACUUAAACACAUAUUCAGAGAAUGCGUAGAGAGUUCUACAUCGUCGUCAUUUGCGACCAGUGCCAAUAAACAACUUACUAUAAUUGUAUGCAUACACAAUCGCGCACACUACACACAUACAUACAAAUAGGAGUAAGAAAAAUUUAUUUAUACAUUUUCUGUUUCUAUCGCACUGUCUGUCCCCCCUUUAAAUCCUUUGCUUUUGCUAGUGUUAAUGCUCAAAGUCUCGAAGCAAGGCGCCACAAAACUAUCUUCUAAUAACAUUAUUGUAUUGAUUGCCAAAAUAAGUCCUGAUCUAGUCAAUGUUAUUGCAAUUGCUGCACCAUGCUAUUUGUUAUUAGUUUUUUAUUUAUAAAUGUGCUGAAUCUCAAUUUUCGCACUUAAAUGCAGAUAACAUCGCAACAGCGCUAUCCUAAUCAUAUAGCACUUGCUCCUACGCGAAUCUCAAGAUAAUGCCACAAUAGCCAAUAAAAUACGCAGUCUGUACACACACACACACACACAUACACAAACAAACACAUUCAAGAAAGUAUGAUAAAUAUUAGCCAAGUUAAUGCGUAUUCGAACUCUUGCACAAUUUCCUUCUCAAGUAUUAAAGCGAUAUUAUUUUAAAAUUAACUUAUUGUUAUACUUACAAACAUAAUAUUACUAAAACAAAAAAGCCAAAUAAAUACACGCACACCCACAUACAUACAGACACAAACUUUUGAGCUAAAUAAAUGCAGAAAUUUAAACAAUGAAACAAAGUGAAUGAAACUAAGCUUGGUCAUAAAAUGAGAACCAACUUGAAAGAAAACCAAAAUCAUUUCUAAAUUCAUUAACAUAUACAUUUUAUGACACACAAACAAAUUAUAAAUACAUUCAAAACAAAUUGUGUUUAGUCCGUAAGUUGGAGAAAGUGAAAAAUGUCAGUAAUUUAUAUAUAUAAAUAUAUGUAUUUUAUUAUGUAUACACAUAUGUAUAUGUACAUGAAUGAAUAAAUAGCAUAAAAAUCUAGCAUACUUAUGUGGAAUAUACAGUUAAAACUGUUGAACAAAGCAAGAACAAAUACAGAUAAAGUAUAUAAUGUAUGUAAUAAUACCAAUAUUAAAAAAUAUUAAUAAUAAAUAUAUAUGCGUUGAUUUUAAAACCAAAGACUCAAACAACAAAUACAGUUUGCAACAAACAAAAAGAAGGAACAACAUACAAACAAUAACAACAAACAGAAACCAUUGUAUUUGAUGUGCAAUGUGCAAUGUGCAAUCGAUAUUUGCUAGCCUUGAUUUAAUCAUUGAUUUGUACGCCAAUCAAGUUGAAUGUAUUGAUUCUUCUUUUUUUUUGUAUGUUUGUUUUAAUGUUGAUUUGAGAGCAACUAUAAAAUUGACUUUUUAAAAUGUACUACACAAUUCUUGUGCUGCAUUUACAGGAGCGCAAAAUGAUUGCCGAAUACUAAGUUUGAUAAAUUUGUAUGGAAAACCCGCUUAACAAAAGUGGCAGUAUAGAAAAAAUUACUAAUUUUAAGCAACAUUGUUAACUAAACAAAAGAAAAACAUAUAGAAACUUUGUACGUAAGGAUGACAAACCCAGUGUGUAAUUAUAAUAAUAAUAAUAAUAUUUACGAAAUAGCAAGCAUACCCAUUUAAAUGUUAACCUCAAGUAUUCUCAAAAGAGCAUUUUACUAAACCAAAAUGAAGACAGGACAAGGUCAAAUGCAAACCAUAUAUGAAAAAGAAAUGAUAUAUACAUAGAUACAAACAUGUACAUGUAAAAACAAAUACGACAAUGCCGUUAUUUACAUACGCAUCCAGCCAGCAUACAUACAUAUGUAUUUACAUUAGUUUAUAUCUAUGAAUCGCCUCGCUCGAGGAACAAGCAAACAAAAUACAAAAAUUGUUGGUUGUUACCGAACUUGAAAGCAGCUGCAUUGCAUUGUGAAAUAAGAUACAACAAAAACAUAUAAAUAUAUAUAUAUUUUAAAAAAAAAAAAACAAACAAACAAAACAAAAUGUAACGCGUAACCUGAAUAAAAACUAAAAGCAAGACGUACAUAAAUAGCUACAAACAAAAUGUUAGUUAUAAGACCAUUUAAAAUAUUUUCAAAAUAACCGCCGUCACGGCCAACUGUAGAGCAAAGUUGUCCUAAAUUGUAACGCAUUGUUUUGUCUGGCUAAUUAAUUACUGCAUUAAUAACAACAAAUACCACUGGGUGCACGUUCAACUUCACCGCGCUCAUUCUCCAACAAAUCUCUUAAUACUAUCUAUAUACAAGGCCGAUCGAUGUCUGAAUUGGCAGUGAACAAAUUCAGCAUCUCAAGGCCAAAAUCAGCUUUAAAAGUAUUGAAAUCAAUAAUUGGCAGCAGUGUCAUCUUAUGAAUUUGUCAGACUAACGUGUUUCAAUAUUUUGAAAUUGUACCCUAGUCGCUUCAGUAACUUCUAGAAGCUAAAGUGCGGGGAACUCUGUCUAAUCAAUUAAGAUACAAUGCAUAAACCUUUUACUUGCCACGCCUACAUAUACACCUUUCAUGUACCUUCUGCAAUUUAGAUUCUAUAAAUAGACAACAUUUAAAGUAUAAAAGAAAUGCAAAAUUUAAUCGUUAACUGAUGUAAGACAAACAAAAUCAGAAAAUAGAAACUACUCACUAAAAGAAUAUUGAAUAAAUGAAGAGAAAAGUAUUUAACACACACAAAAUUAUAUGGAGAUGAACAAAAGCAUAAAUAAUAUUUAAGUUAUGUUUAAAGAAUGGAUAAAUAAGCUACAAAGAAAAGUCAACAGUUGAUAUGUUGUAAAAAAAAUUAACUAAGGGAAGACAGUGAGUGUUAUUCAAGCAACAAAUAAAUGGUAAAGAAAGUAAGUAAGAGAUGAAGUGAGGAGAAGAGAUAACCAAAGAAAACAAAAUUACUAAAAUUGAUUUAUAAUUUUAAGUGAACAUUUAAUGAAGGAAAACUAAUUAAUAAAUAAAGAGGUAACACCUAUUAAAAAUGUA